GAUAACCAUUGUGCCUUUUCCUCGCGUGUGGAGUAACGCGGGAUAGGCCAGUGAGGUAUAACAGUUAUCUGUUCAUGCAUAGCAGUUCCUAUGAGUAAUGUGUUGGUAUAUAAAGGAAAUAUUAUUUAUAAACUAUUGUGUUUAUAUCACACUGGUUCAUGACGUUUAGUGGGUGGCAUAAAGUAGUAGUGCUUCAUCUGGAGUAUUCCAGGACAGGAUAUACACGCCUACAGUAAACUCGUACCGAGGCUUGUAGAGUAAAACACGUACGUGGUAUCAGGCAGUUCCACGAGAGGACAUACAAGCCGUCAUGUCUGUGACUGGACAACUCUGGCACCUGGCUGUUGUAUGCUGGACCCUACAGGUGGGGCUGGGGGAGGUGUCCCACUCGCCAGAACUGACCCCACCCUACAUCACCUGUCCCACCAGUCAGGCGAGGGUCAUCAUCAGGCUGUCUCAGAUCAGCAUGUACGGACUGCACUGUCAGGCAAACGGCAGACCUACACCUAUCUACAGCUGGUACAUCAAUGGCCUACAAGUUGAUAACACGAACCCAUCGCUUCAUGUUUUAACAAAUGGAACACUUGUGAUGCGAAACUUUACACAACAGUACGACGGUGUAUACCAAUGCCGAGCUGGGAAUAAAUUCGGAACAUCAGUCUCGGUCAAGUUUCAAGUUUUGGUUGAGAAGGAGGCUGUUAAGUUUCCUAACUCGGAAGAGUCUGAGGUGGAAUCGAUCCCUAUAGAGGCCGAGGAAGGUCAGCCGUUGUCCGUAACGUGUGGGCAGACGCCACAGACGGUGCCAGAGUACAUCAGGAGGUGGUACAGGUACACGGGCUCAUCAGAGCUGGUCAUGGGCGAACGUGUUGGCACGGACUUAAACGGCACACUGCACUUUGCCUACGUUGAAAGACAAGAUGGCGACACGAGCAGCAGACAGAUAAGAUGUGGGCUGGCGCCAAACGGUUCCUCGAGCUCCACCAUUUACAUGUACAGCUCCUACAGCAUCACGGUCAAGGUCGCGAAUACAGGCGAUUCUCUGCCCAGAUUGAUACACAGCAGCACCAAUGUCAAAGGUCAUCUUGGAGAUCGUGUCACGCUUGAGUGUUUCUUCUCUGGACGGCCUGUCCCCAAGGUGACGUGGACAGACAACAAAAACAACGGUAUCCAUGGCAACCAGCGAUUCCAGCUGCAGGACUUUAACCGGAAGUUGGUUAUCACGGAAGUGAGGCAGGAAGACGAGGGGUACUUCAUGUGUACAGGCACCAAUUCUAUGGGUUAUGCGCAGACUGAGAUCUACUUCAAUGUCACGUCUGCACCCAUGAGAGAGAGUUCUUUUGGGCCCCUUACUUACCCUACAGAACACGACGUCACAUUAAACUGUACAGCAAGGGCGGCAAUCCAGGAAAAACUAGACAACCCAGUCUGGUAUAGGAACGGCGAGUUGUUUAUAGAAGAGAACUUCCCUGAUGUGUACCGGUACAGGUUUAACGAGGACAGGACGAGGCUGAGCAUAAAAAACCUGAACAAGAGCGUCGAUACGGCCUGCUACCAGUGUAAUAUCUCAAACAGCGAGGGCUACAUCUUUUACGACGGCUACAUCAGGGUCAUAGAUUCCAUCAAAAUACAAACCAGACCUCCAGAGAUUAUCAACCUUGUGGAAGCACCGAACAACCUUGACCUUACAGUGAUAGCAACCUCUGACCCCUGCUGCCCUUUGACGAGGAUCUGGCAGUUCAAUGGCAGUCAGGUGACUGGACUCUUCGAACAACAUCCGUUCUAUGAUUAUGGCUCGUCCACGGGUACUUUGUUUAUCAACAAGUCCCUGGUGUCACGUGAUCAGCUGAUGGACGUUGUUGGACACUACAGGUUGAGUCUGUACAACAGGUACCAGACUGUUGACGUCACGUUCUCUCUAACUUUAGAAGAUGGCGUGGCGGAAGGUUUUAUUGUCGCUGUGGUGGACUACAACCUCUGGUGGGUUGGCUUGUUGUGUGGUGUUUUAGCCAUCAUCUGCGCCCUUGUCGUCGUCAUCUUCAUCGUCAAAAACAAUUUUCCAAGACGAACUUACCAGCUUGAAAAAGCGGAAAUAAAACAAAACUUAGACCCUAAGGCUGACCUACGUGAACAAAGAUUCAAAGACAUUUAACACAAAGCAGAAGCGCAGGAAAAUUUUCAAGAAGUCAAAACACAACAGCUGAUCAAAAAA